AUGCUUUCUUUGCAGGUUGCCAUAAAAGUUGUGAAUAAAGAAUAUUAUGGAGAGUUGUACAACAUGUGGGGAUUUGAUACACAUGUGAUCCCGGAAGCACAUAGUUUGAUGAUCCUGAAGAGACCUCCGCUCUGCCCGCACAUCAUAGAGCUCUACGAGUACGCCAUGGAGGGAAGGAAUAACUACCUGGUCAUGGAGUACGCGCUCUCGUACACAACCUUGGGGAAAUUCAUCAGGAAAAACAAUGGCCGCUUGAGUGAGAGUGUUGCGCGGCCGCUGAUCAUGCAGCUCAUUAUUGCAGCACAGCGCUGCAUUGAGCAUGGCAUAUACCAUGAGUCCAUGCAUCUAGAAAACAUCCUGGUCAAUCCAAAGACCCUGCAGCUCAAGCUGAUUGAUUUUGGCCACAGUUCUUAUGUUUCAAGAGGCCACUGGAGAUGCCCCACUCUGGGAGUAACGAGAUACCGUAAAAAGAGGAAGGAACCCUACAGAUUAAUUCUUCAUGCUGUUAGUGAGCAUGUCUGUGCUGUUGGACGAGUGCUGUCAUAUAUGGUCAAUGGACAUCGCUGUUUCUCCAGUUAUAGACGUCCACUAUUUCACCCCAGUUUGUCAGCAGAAUGCCGGGAUCUGGUUCGGUGGUUAUACAGUUACUUCCCUGAAACUGGACCUGUUUUAGAGGAGCUUUUAGAGCACAAGUGGUUCAGCAUGACGUAGACCCCAUCAGUAGCAGGAAACAGGUUCCAUUUUUGUCAUUCUUCCAUUUUUGUCAUUUGUUGUUUUGCCGUUUUCCGCUUUUGCUUCCCAAAUUCUGUACUUCCUCCUGCGAGGGUUGCAGUCAGAGCUGCAUGUAAAUGAGGGCCGGAUGAAGCGUCCCCAUCGGUCCACCAGCUCCAAACCGACAGCUCCUCCUCCAGCCAAUCAGGCAAGGAGGGAAGCUGAUGUCACUCUAAUGACAGCCAAUGCACACAGGCG